AUGUCACACUGGCGUCAAGGCGAAUUCGGCAAGCGCCCGGUUCGCAUUGCCAACUGUUCAGGCUACUGUGGAGAUCCGCCAGUUGAAAUGUAUAAGCAAGCCACCCUUGGUGACGUCGACUUUAUCACAGGAGAUUAUUUGGCAGAGGUCAAUAUUGCCAAGAAUGCCGAGGACUUUGCCAGAGGUCAUCACCCUGGUUAUGAAGCCUCUGCCUUGGAGGGCCUUGAGAUGACUAUUGAUGUUAUUAACGAGAAGCGCAUCAAAGUGGCCCUGAACGGCGGCGCUUUGAACCCCAAAGGUUUGGCCCAGAAGGUUGCUGCGCUCGUCAAGGAAAGAGGCCAUAACCUCUAUGUCGCUUACGUCUCUGGGGACGAUCUCCUUCCAGAAGUUUUGAAGCUCAUGCCGAACACUCGCUCCGCCUACCUACCCCAUCUAGAUUCCAGCAAUUCCAAUGUCCAACCUUUGGAAGAAGCCUUGUCUUUUCUCAACCAAGAUCCAGCUUCCAAGUCUCAUACUGAGAUUGUAUCUGCCAAUGCCUACCUGGGUGCUCGCGGUAUCGUUGACGCCUUCCAACAAGGGGCCGAUAUCGUGAUCACAGGACGCGUAUCGGACGCCUCGCCUGUCAUCGCUGCAGCGUGGUAUUGGUGGUCGUGGAAUGCAACAGACUAUGACCAGCUAGCUGGCGGUUUGAUUGCUGGCCACCUGAUCGAAUGCUCAGCUUACGUUACGGGUGGAAACUUCGCCGGUUUCACGGACAAAAAGUAUGGCGGAUGGAAGAGGUUCGUCGACCCGGGGUUCCCAAUCGCAGAGGUUAGUGCGGACGGGUCUUGUGUAGUAACGAAGCACGAGGGGACCGGGGGAGUGGUCAACGACGAUACAGUGAGAUGCCAGCUUCUUUAUGAGUUGCAAGGAAACGUGUACCUGCACAGUGACUCCAAAGCAGUAUUGGACGGAGUGGAGGUGAAGGAGGUCGGGAAGGACAGGGUGCGUGUGAGUGGAAUUAAAGGACUCCCACCACCACCAACCACAAAAUUGGCCAUUUUCUACAAGGGUGGUUACGAAUGCCAGGUGCUCCUCAAUACAGCUGGCUACGGAUGGGAGCAGAAAUGCGAACUCUUCGAGGAGCAAAUUCGACAGAAAAUAGGAGGCGAGUCACUCCAGAAGCUCGAUUUCCUCGAAUUCCAAAGAAUUGGCGUCCCGGCGGAGAACCCCCGAGAUCAAGCAAGCAGCACGACGUACAUCAGGAUCGUCUCCCAGGCCAAAGAAGCUGCAGCUCUCUUGGAGAUCCCCAAAGCUGUCGGGAACAUAUCACUCAAGCACUUCCAUGGCUUCCAUUCCUCCCUGGAUAUGCGCACAGCUAUCCCGAAGCCGUAUCUGGCGUACUACCCGGCCCUCUGGGCUCAGCAGAAGCUCCAAGAGAUUGUGAAUUUCCUUGACGCCUCAGGUGAAAUUACUUCGUCCAGGCCUGUCGGCCAUCCUCCCGCUUAUGAGCCCUUGUCCGAACGCAGCAGCUACGACACCACGUCCCCGGUCACAUUCACUAGCCCAACAAGGGCCAUUCGACUGGGUGACAUUGCACUCGCACGAUCGGGCGACAAGGGCUCGAACCUCAACGUAGGAGUUUUCGUUCGCACGGCGCAACAAUGGGAGUGGCUGCGGUCCUUCAUGUCGCAAGAGAAAAUGUGGCAGUUGCUUGGCGGCGACGCCGACAAGAGCUUCAGUCUGGAACGGGUGGAGUUUCCUCACAUUUUUGCAGUGCAUUUUGUCGUCUAUGGAAUCCUGGGUAGGGGUGUAAGCAGUUCUACGAGGCUGGAUGCGUUCGGUAAAGGAUUUGCGGAUUACUUGAGGGACAAGGUCGUGGAAGUUCCGGUUGAGAUAUUAGGGGAAGUAGACACCUAG